AUGCGAUUAGAUGUGAAGGUACGCUUAUGUCAUUUAAUACUGGCUGAUAUUAUACACAAUAUUUCGGGAUCUACACCGAAUCCGGCAUUACAGCUUUUCGCAAGAAGUGAGAGAGUGAAAGGGAUAGAUUUCCACUCGGUAGAGCCAUGGAUCUUAACAACUCUCUACAGCGGGCAUGUCUAUAUAUGGUCAUACGAAACACAAGCAAUUGUGAAGACGUUUGAAUUAACUGAUGUACCUGUUCGGGCAGGAAGAUUUAUCGCCCGGAAGAAUUGGAUAGUUUGCGGAUCGGAUGAUUUCCAGUUGCGUGUUUACAAUUACAAUACUUCCGAAAAGAUCACCUCAUUCGAAGCACAUCCUGAUUACAUACGUGCAAUUGUGGUACAUCCCACACAACCCUUUGUUCUAACUGCUUCUGAUGAUAUGACUAUUAAACUCUGGGACUGGGAUAAAGCAUGGAAGUGUGUGCAGGUUUUUGAGGGCCACUCGCACUACGUUAUGGGCCUAGCUAUAAAUCCUAAAGAUACAAAUACAUUCGCAUCCGCUUGUCUGGACCGGUCUGUCAAAAUAUGGAGCUUAGGAAGCAGUACGGCCAACUUCACCCUUGAAGCGCACGAGACAAAAGGUGUCAACCACGUCGACUACUACCCUCAAUCAGAUAAACCGUACAUCCUGACAACUUCCGAUGAUAGGACGGUCAAGAUUUGGGAUUACACAAACAAGUCCUUAAUAGCAACGUUAGAAGGUCACACCAGCAAUGUCUCCUUUGCUUGCUAUCACCCUGAACUACCAAUAAUUAUCUCGGGAUCGGAAGAUGGGACAGUCAAAAUAUGGCACGCGAACACAUAUAGAAUGGAGCAGUCAUUAAAUUAUGGCUUAGAGAGAGCGUGGUGCGUCAGUUACCAGAAAGGGAAGCAAGGAAUCGCUGUAGGAUUUGAUGAGGGUGCAGUGGUGGUUAAAAUGGGACGGGAAGAACCAGCUGUAUCAAUGGACUCUUCUGGAAAAUUAAUUUGGGCAAGGCACGGUGAAGUCGUCUCAUCUAUCAUAAAAGGGGGAGAUUCAUCAUUAAAGGACAAUGAUCCAAUAUCUAUACCCACCAAAGAUCUCGGUACCUGUGAAGUUUAUCCGCAGACUCUUCUUCAUUCACCAAACGGCCGGUUUGUCUCCGUAUGUGGGGACGGGGAAUUUAUUAUCUACACUGCUCUAGCGUGGAGAAACAAGGCGUUUGGAUCCGCUUUAGACUUUGUAUGGGGCUUCAAAGAGAAUAGCAACGACUACGCUAUACGAGAAUCUACCACAUCUGUUAAAAUAUUCAAAAAUUUUGUGGAAAAAUCUGGAGGAUUUAAUAUUGAAUUUCAAGCCGAGGGACUUAGUGGGGGCGUACUUUUAGGUGUCAAGGGCCAAGGUGGUAUAGGAUUUUUUGACUGGCAAACUGGUGGCUUGGUGAGAAGGAUUGAAGUGGAUACCAGAGAAGUAUACUGGUCCGAAAAUGGAGAACUUGUCACGAUAACUUGCGAUGAUGUUUUUUAUGUCUUGCGGUACUCCCGAGAAAACUAUCUCGCAGCAGUACGCGAAGGUCUAGUCGAAGAUGACGGGGUUGAGACAGCCUUUGAGGUCAUUACUGAUAUUAAUGAAAGCGUACGAACUGGAGAAUGGGUAGGGGACUGCUUUAUUUACACGAACAGUACAAAUCGACUCAACUACCUAGUCGGAGACCAGACAUACACUAUUUCACAUUUCGAUCAGCCAAUGUACCUUCUAGGAUACAUACAGCGUGACUCGCGAAUAUAUCUUGCGGAUAAAGAUGUGAAUGUUACUUCGUUUGCGCUUUCCUUAUCGAUGGUGGAGUACCAAACACUGGUUCUGCGUGAUGAUAUGGAAGCCGCUGCUGAACUUCUUCCUUCUAUCCCGACGGAACAAUUGAACAAAAUCGCUCGAUUCCUAGAUGGCCAAGGCCAUAAAGAAUUGGCGCUUGAGGUUGCUACUGACCCUGAACAUAAAUUUGAUCUGGCGCUAUCUCUUGGUGAACUGCCAAUUGCACUGGAUCUUGCUCGAGAGUCAAAUGUCGAGCAUAAGUGGAAAACUGUUGGAGACGCAGCUCUUUCCAGAUGGGAUAUUGAAUUAGCUGCUGAUUGUUUCAAGAAUGCAAAAGAUUUUGGCUCGUUACUUCUAUUAUACUCCUCGACAGGUGAUUUGGAAGGUCUGCGAAAUUUAAAUACUCAGUCUCAAGAUGCUGGCGUACACAAUAUUGCCUUUAAUUGUUUAUGGCUGCUAUCUGAUCUAGGAGGUUGUAUUGACCUCUUGACUAAAACCGGCCGAAUGGCUGAGGCUGCUCUGUUUUCUCAAACAUACAAACCCAGUGCUACAGCAAAGACAGUCGGGAUAUGGAAACAAAGUCUAGAGAACAACAAGAAAGGAAGAAUCGCUAAAAUGUUGGGAGUACCUGGAGAAGAUGAAGAGUUAUUUCCAGAAUGGGAUGAGUAUUUGAGAAUUGAGAAUGAAGGUGGCGAGGAUGCUACGGUGUUAGAAAUUAAUGAAUCUACGCCCAGUGGAACAGAAAGCGAUGAAUAA